AAUUCUGUCGUCGCAAUAGGUUUGGUGACGACUAAGCCAUGCAGAUCUUUGUUAAGACCCUAACGGGCAAGACCAUAACUCUUGAGGUCGAACCGUCGGAUACCAUCGAAAAUGUCAAAGCCAAGAUUCAGGACAAAGAAGGAAUUCCUCCAGAUCAACAGCGUUUGAUCUUCGCUGGCAAGCAACUGGAAGAUGGCCGUACCCUGUCUGAUUAUAACAUUCAGAAGGAGUCCACCUUGCAUUUAGUACUGCGUCUUCGUGGUGGCGCCAAGAAACGCAAGAAGAAGAACUAUUCCACUCCUAAGAAAAUUAAGCACAAGAGGAAGAAGGUCAAGCUAGCAGUCUUGAAGUACUACAAGGUUGACGAGAAUGGAAAGAUUCAUCGUCUGCGUCGUGAGUGCCCUGGAGAGAAUUGUGGGGCUGGAGUUUUCAUGGCCGCUCACGAAGAUCGUCAUUAUUGCGGAAAAUGCAAUUUGACAUUUGUCUUCAGCAAACCCGAAGAAAAGUAAUUCAAAUGCCAAACGGCUGAUUUUGAACAUUUAUAUGUUUGCAUUCAACAAAUAAAGAUUGUAAUUGAUUUACACAAUUGAUAACAGAA